AAUCGGACAAAAUUUAAGGGGGGCCGUAAUGUAUCAGGAUGCGGACCUCUGGAAAACCCCAUAAAAACUUAAUUUAAAUUUUUUUCCUCGAACAUGUAUCUCGUUAUUUUUGAUGUUCUAUCUGUGCUGAAAAUUUGAGCUUGAUCGGUCGUACCGUCUUCAAGAAUCAGAAAGUGUCAAAAAGAGGGGGGGUACCCUUAACUGUACACUUUCAUCUGGUAUGAGUUGAAUAUCUUUGUAAUGGUAGCAUUAGAAAAUUUGAAAGAGGAUUCAAUGUAAAAAAGUUUUAUUGUAUAGUAUUUAUUUGUUUUGUUAUUAAAACACAUGUUUAUUUUUGAAUUUAUAGUAAUAUAAGUUAAAAUUAUCUUAAAAAUUUUUGAUGAAUUUAUUUCCUAGGUUAUCAUUCAAUGUGGCUCAUUAUUAACUAAUCUUUCAAUUGAAUUUUCACGUUAUAUUGAAGUUGUUUCUAUUGUUUUGUCAUUUGCUAAUGAUGUUUUAUUGAUGAAAAAGUCUCAAUUACGUUCUCAAGUUGCUUUAAGUUUACUUCAAUGUUGUCUUCAUUUACCAAUAAAUGUUUUAUUUUUACAACAUUCAAAUAUUUGUAAACUUGUUUCUUUAUUGAUUAAACAUCAUACAAAAACAUUAUGUAAACAUGUGCCAAUAGUUGAAACUAUUAUUAAAUUACUUCUUCAAUCAAUUGUUACGCAAGCAAAAGAAAAUCAACAAAAAGAAGAAAAUUUAAUUGAAGCAGCACGUGAUAUAACAAAAUUAUCUGCUCAUCUUAUUGAACAAUGUAAAGAAGAUUUUCGUUCUACUAUUGUUUAUGUUCUUAUUGAUUAUGUUCAUCUUUUAUCUAAAGGAGUUUUUAUUUCUUCUGCACUUAAAAAAACAUUAAAUGGUGUAGCAUUUGAAUUAUUUCGAAUAAGUGGUGAACGUGUUGAACAAUAUAGCGGACAAAUGACAAUUGCUGAACGUGAAUUACUUAAACAACUUCAUCAACAAUUUAAACAAUAUCAUAUGUUUAAAGGAGUUGUUUAA